CCGGAAGCGCCGGCCUCUGAGAGAGAAGUUGACGUGUUAAAGCGCGCUUGGAGGGUAGAGUCCAGCCUGAGGGACCUGCCACGAUGGAAGCGCUUUACCACCAGACGAAUAAGCAAGUCCAUGAGGUCCAGUCAUACAUGGGCCGUUUAGAAACAACAGACAAGCAGUCAGUUCACUUGGUAGAAAAUGAAAUCCAGGCACGAAUUGACAGAAUCUUCAGCAACCUUGAACGGCUCGAAAUCUUUUGCAAUAAGGAACCUCCCAGCAAACGUCAGAAUGCCAAACUCCGAGUUGACCAGUUGAAAUAUGACAUCCAACACUUGCAGACUGCAUUGAGGAACUUCCAGCAUCGACGCUACACUCGGGAGCAGCAGGAGAGGCAACGCGAGGAGCUUCUGGCUCGGACAUUCACAACUAAUGAUUCUGACACCACCAUUCCGAUUGAUGAAACAUUACAAUUUAAUGAAUCCCUUCAAAAUGCACACCGUGGCAUGGAUGAUCUUCUUGGCAGCGGAACCAGUAUUCUUCAGGGCCUGAGAGAUCAGAGAGUGACAUUGAAGGGCACACACAAGAAAAUCAUGGAUGUUGCCAACAUGUUGGGUUUAUCCAAUACAGUCAUGCGACUCAUUGAGAAACGUGCCUUCCAGGAUAAGUACUUCAUGAUUGGAGGCAUGCUUGUGACAUGUGUGGUCAUGUUCCUAGUGGUGCAGUACCUGACGUGAAUGGCCAGAAAACUCCUUGAUGGACUGUAUUGGACUCGCUUUUGUCAUAGACUUCCAAAAUAACUGUGAACUUCCUGACUUCUGGAUUGGUCCUGUUCUCUUGUAUGGUUCAUAUGAUGUUCAAGCUGGGUAGCAUCUGGGGCAUUAUGGCGCUUGGCACUGAGUGAGAACCUUUCAGCACUCAGAAUGAGUGUUAUAUGGAGACCAUGCUGACCUUGGAACACUCAAGCUUAGUUGACAAUGUGGUAUUGCUUAUGCUAGUGACACAUAUCCAUGUGGUCACACCAGGGUAAUUGUCAUAGGGAUCUACAAGGAAAGUAUCCAGAUGUGCUGUCACUGGAAAUGUGGGCUCCAUAAGAAUGCCAAAGCCAUUGUUGUUUUUUUGGAGCAAGGCUAUGCACAUGAAUACCACAGUCACCUGAGAUGACGAAACAGCUGUGCUUGAGGGAAUUAACUAUUUUGAACUUAAUUACUGUACUAGGAGGCGAGAAGAGUUUCUUGUUUCCACAGUGGUCAGAUACCUUUGUAGACUGUGUGCCAAAGAGAUGCUUCCUUCUUCUGGUAAACACAGGUUCCGUGCCUGUCUUUUAUCUGGCAUAGGCAUAUCAUGAAAGCUUGAAGUAAUUCCAGUGAAGAGAUUUGGUCUCAAAAAGGUAACAGUAAACAAUGUGUUCAAGAUACUUAGUGUGACUGAUAGCUAUAUUGCACCCUAAGUGCCAGGUUCUAGUAUUGGGUACUUUAUCAAGUGGGAAAAGGCUUGGGGAAAGGUAUAGGCUGGUAAGUUGUGUGUGAAGCCCAUUGAAAUCUGGAGCCCUAGUUAGCACGGAAAUAGUAUUAUGGCAACCAGUAGAUCUGGCAUCUUGCAGAGUAAUGCAGUCUUUGAAAAUCCCCAUGUUUGCAGGAGGUAUUUUCUGUACACAGGGUGAAGCAUAAGAAAGAGGAAGAUGGUGUGUAAACUGUCAGAACUCCGAGGAAGCAAUUCUCAAGUUUGAGUUCAUUUGUCUUGUUGGCAUAGUCAGACCUGUGGCAAAGGUAGUUGCCAGUUUUCUGAUAGCACACUGUACCUCAAAAUCCCAUCUAAUUGCUGUGUCAAGGCUGUAGUUCAGAGCCUUCCCAAAAGUGUUAGUGUGAAGCAGUGGCUUUCUGACUUGUGUGCCGAAAUACACAUCCUAGUGUCACGUGCAAGUUGCUAUCUGAGCCUGUUCCUUUAUAAUUCCUUAUUUGAUUCUUUCUCCAUUCAUACUGAUAUGACUAAUGUUUCAGUUGGUUUAAGAAGAUUAAAACCAUUUCCAAAAUAGGCAAGGUAAACAUUAAACGUAGCAAUUGUGGUUGCGCUCUGUUUCCUUUUUCCCUCUAGCAUUUCCAGCUCCUACUUUCAUCUUUAGAUUGAAAUGCAUUUUCCUUCUUUUGUAGGAUUAAAUACAGUAUUUAAAGUGGCAGUGGCAAGAGUCAUUGAACUGCAACCCCCAGCAUCCCUCAUGUUUGGCUAUCCUGGUUAGAAAUACUGUCUAGCAACUGGAAGGCUGGACAGCUCCCACAUCUCAUUUCACAGAAGAGCAGUAGUUGAGGUUUUUUACUAUGUUCUUUUUAGAACAGAGAUGUGACUAUGUCUAGGUUUCUUGGUUAUAUGGGGAAAACCCACUAUGAUGAAAAAGUGUACAACGUGAGCUGGAUUUGAGAGAGUCCAUGAACCCCAUUUAGAUAAUACUUUGCCGAAAGCAAGUUUCUCUUUCAAAGCACCCACUACCACAGUGGUUCUCAACCUGAGGGUUGGGACCCCGAGGGGGUUCACGAGGGGGUGUCAGAGGGAUUGCCAAAGACCAUCAGAAAGAACAGUAUUUUCUGUUGGUCAUGGGGGCUCUGUGUGGGAAGUCUGGCCCAAUUCAUCGUUGGUGAGAUUCAGAAUAUACUUUGAUUGUAGAUGAACUAUACAUCCCAGCAACUACAACUCCUAAAUGUCAAGGUCUAUUUUCCCCAAACUCUACUAGUGUUCACAUUUGGGCAUAUUGAGUAUUUGUGCCAAUUUGGUCCAGAUCCAUCAUUGUUUGAGUCCACAAUGCUCUCUGGAUGUAGGUGAACUACAACUCCAAAACUCAAAGUCAUUGCCCACCAAACCCUUCCAGUAUUUUCUCUUGUUCAUGGGAGUUAUAUGUGCCAAGUUUGGUUCAAUUCCAUCGUUGUUGGAGUCCAGAAUGCUCUUUGAUUGUAGGUGAACUAUAAAUCCCAACAACUACAACUCCCAAAUGACAAAAUCAAUCCCCCCCCAACCCCACCAGUAUUCAAAUUUGGGUGUAUCAAGUAUGUGUGCCAAAUUUGGUUCAGUGAAUGAAAAUAUAUCCUGCAUAUCAGAUAUUCAUAUGAUGAUACAUAACAGUUGCAAAAUUACAGUUAUGAAGUAGCAAUGGAAAUAAUUUUAUGGUUGGGGGUCACCACAACAUGAGGAACUGUAUUAAGGGGUCACAGCAUUAGGAAGGUUGAGAACCACUGCACUACCAGUUAGUGUUCUCUCCAACCUCUACUUAUCAGAAAUAGGUGAGCAGUGACCACAGGUGGUGUCGCAAAAUGGUUAUGGACAUUCACACUGAAGCAAAAGGACAGACUGGAUUUUUUGGUAAUUUUUCUUCAAGACAAAGUUUCAAAGCCUUGUGAUAGCAAAGAGAUAGGCAUGUAAUCUACAUCUAAAUGAAUUCCUUAGGAGUUGAAAGUUGUCUAAAAACCUGCAUCACUCUUGAUCAAUCUGUGAAACCUACAUAAAAGUAUUUAUUUAGCUAAUAGUCCUGCAGAGUUUGUUACAGAUCAUUCCUGAGUGAGUUUCUCCUAUUCUGUUGGCAGUGGCAGCCAUCUAACAAAGUAUUAGCAGAUACUUGACUUUCUGUGUUGCUUCCCCCCUAAAAUCCUAUGAUCAGUCAUCAGCCAUCACACUAUUGGGAUGCUCUUGUAUUGCAAUAUUGAAACUGCAAGAAAUCUUUAAUAAAUGUAUCAGGACCUUGUUUGAACCUAUUUAUGUUUAUUUCUGGAAGCCUUAGAAGUUCCCGGAACCAAGAAGACCAAAGUGUAAGAAGGCAGUGCCAAAGGGUUAAUUAUUUCCCCAUCUGGCUCUGUGCCGGUUAUUUCCUAGCCUUAUUGACGCCAUGGAACCAAAGUUUAUCAUACAGACUUUUAGGUUCAGCAGAUUCAGAACAUAAAAGAAGGGGACACCCGUCUCUUAAUGCUAGUUAAACACAGUACGUUGGAGAUAACUCAGCCAAGUUUUAUCUUGCUUUCUCUUCAAGUGGUUUAUUAGUUGCUGCGGUUGGCAAGGGCUGCCCUCUAGAGGUGCUAAAGGCAAGCUUUCAUCCUCAAAUCUUCUAGGUUUCCCUCCACACACCUAAAGCAAUUUAAGCGAAGCCUGUGCUAGAGCUCCUACCUUUUAUUUACAAACAAGUCAUGCAUACUCGUGGCUCCCUAAAACUGCAAAGAAAUCAAUUGAAAUGAUUUUGCUGACCAGUAGGAAAAUAUUCAAUUGUACUGCACCUUAAGAGUAACAAACCAUUAAAAACAAUCCAGGAACAAA